AUGCCUCCAAAACAUUCAGAUUUACAAGACGAUUCCUUUUCGCUCACCAAUUUGGACGACGAAUUGAUAGGCACUUCGACCCGACGUGUUGACCAGCUCGAUUACCAGAUCGACACUUCAACGAUGGACCAGGCUUUCCCCGAAUUCUCCAUGGUUCAGACGUCUGAAGAGGAAGAACACGAAAUGGACGACGAUCUUUCACAUAGCGACAUGGAUAUGUCCGUUGAAGUUGGACGCGGGGCUGGCAAGCCAGAACGCGACGACUCGCGAAGCUCGAUCAUGAGCUUCGACAACAGUGUGCGCUCAUCCUCACCCGCCAUACGCGUUGAAUACCCCACCCCACAAAAGCCCGCUGCUGCGACUCGUCCGACGCGUCGUGCAGUCAGCGAAAAUCUACGAAAGAAUGCUCAGGUCCGACGAGCAACCCAAGCACAGAAGGAAACCAUGAGCCCGCAAGUGACAAAGACCCAACGCGAUCAGCGUCGGACACUCUCAGAAAUGCACGCAAAAGUACGUGACACCUACGAAGGAUCCUUCUUGGAAGACGAACGACCUGCUCCUAUCGCCACGAAGACGCGCUCUACGCGAUUUGGGAACGUGAACACCUCGCAGGAGAUCGCAGACGCCAUCGAGCGAGCUUCGCGGGAUGCUUACGCGAAGGAAGUGCGCAAAGCAUCCUCCAAUGCAGGUACUCCUCGCAAAAGCAGUGCCAAUGCAGCCAACACCAACACUGUUGGUGACACCAUGACUCACCAAUCUUUCCUUCUUCCCGACCUCCCUAAUAUCUCUGAACUCGUCUCCGGUGUCUACGAAGAUGGCACGCCCGUUUACAAUCGACAGGGCAAAAUGCGCUCUACACGAUUCGUUUCCCCGCUUCAUGAUCACACAGAAAUGUCUCUUCCUCACGAGCACAUGCCGCUGGAUGCGGUACCCGUUCCCGAAGACGAGAAAGCGUUGUUUGUUCAUUUGAGAUUGCUCCAAGACAAGGUGGCGGAGCUGGAGAUGUUCAAGGCCGAGGCAGAGAGAAAGAUGGACAGUUACCGUCAUGAGAACGCGUCGCUGAAGGCGAACAGAUCUCGUCAGUCAGCGAAAGACCCAGAAGAUAAUGACUACAAAAAGGCAUCUAAGCGGUUGAUAAGCGAGAACCAGAAGUUGGAUGCAGCCAACCUCGCUUUACAGAAUCAGCUUGACAUUGCCGAUCGAAAGGCCCAGGUACAGGAGUCAGCUAUCAAGCGCUUGAACCAUGACAGAGAGUCGGCGAUUUCGCAACUCGGAGCCGCUUAUCUUGAAGCACGGGAAUACAAAGCCGAGAAUGAGGAAUUGAGACGGGAGAAUGCCGAUCUCAGGUCUCAGCUCAGCCGAUACACAAGCCGCAAGGCGCGUGAACAGGACACCGCCGAGUCUGAAGCCAGCUCAGCCGUGUCUGAUGCUGAUGACGGUCAAAGUUACACGGAGCGCAGUGGAGACAUGAGUCGGAGCACACGAGACAUCACAUCAAAGAGCAACCGGUCUACUACGAGGACCAAGCGUCAGGAUGACUCCCGCAACAAGGUGUCGACCCAAGUGGAUAGGGAGCUCUCUCGUCUCGAGAGGGAACGUGCCGAGGAGGCUCUUUUCUCCAUUGAUAUGCGGUCAUCUAGGCCCACCUCGGCCACGAAGCCAUCGAAUUCAGCUGCGCCUCGUUCUUCCGAAUCGAAGAGCGCACAGAAAAAACCCAACACCAGCAAGCAGCGCGUGAAGCGGGUGGUAGUUGAGGAUACCACCGGGCCAGAAGUGUCUGAGCAGACCAAGGCUUCAUCUGAAACAGAUCUCACUUUGUUGAGUGUUAUUGACGAGCAUGAAAUCUCCCGUUUACGCAAGACCUUGGAAGAAGAGAGAAUGAUGCGCAAACGACGCGCGAGUGCUCCUAAGGAAACCAACCCCACGGAGACCGUCAACUCGACAAGACAGAGCAUUCUGAAGACACCGGCGCCUCGAAAGUCAUCCCUUCGCGAACCAAGAGCAGAAAUCCCUCGCCCAGCAUCGGCUCUCGGUGAUAUCACCGCCGCCUCAAAAGCAACCACCGAUGGAGACAAAAGUCUCACAGUCCCAAUCGCAGAGCGUCCUCGACGCCAUUCCGACCAUUCAUUGCCCACCCCAUCCCAGCGCAAGAAGCAGCGACCUGUUACUGACAUGACCUCCGCUUUCAUCCUCCCUGAUAUCACCCUCCAUCACGUGGACAUGGCAGCCUCUGAUCCAUCCAAGCUGCCACAAGCCACCCAAAAAGCAUUGGACAGUAUUGCUCAGCACAAUGGACAGAACUGCACAGUAUGCAAAGGCCACUGCGCCGACGGUACAUGCAACCACGAGUCUGUAAAUAUCCCUAAACCGAUCCCCGUCUCAGAGCGAAUGCCCAAGCCAUCCGUCUACAACGAAGAACCGACCAUGCGCCCCUCGCAACCUCCCGCCGUUGCCCUGGCCACUGUUCUCAAGGCCCUGGAGGACGAACUGUCUCACCUGAAGAUGCAGCUGGUUACAUACCAGAGUGCCUACAACAAGCUCGACGCAUCACUUGGCAAGCGCCCGCGCAAGGCACUCCAGGAAAAGCUCGACAAGAUCUUCAAGGAUAUCGAUAUGAAAUCCGACCAGAUCUACGCUCUCUACGAUGUUCUAGAGGGUCAGAAGCAGGACGGUCGGGAGAUGACUGAACGUGAAAUGGAAAUGACCCUCGAGUCAAUUGGAAUUGAUGUUGCGUCACACCCAGAUGUCACGGCCACUACGGACAAGUCUUCUCGUCAUGGCCGCAUUGAUUUGGAUGAUGAGGAGAGCUUGCCCUGGGAGGGAAUUGAGAGUACUGCUGAGCUGACUGGUCACCUUUCUGUGGGCGGUCACUGA